AUGGAUAUCAAAGCCUUGCUUGACAGUCUCAAUGAAGAAGUUUCCUGUUCUGUGUGUUUGACUACAUUUACUGAUCCAAAACAGCUGCCAUGUUUGCACAGCUUCUGUCUUCACUGUUUAGCAGGAAUUCAACGAAACAGUGGCCGCCAUGAUGUCAUAACCUGUCCCGAGUGUCGUAAGGAGAGUCAAGUCCCUGAAGGAAAUCUUCAACAUCUUCCCACCAACUUUCGCAUCAACAGUUUACUAGAUGUGUUGGCCAUAAAGGAGUGCAGUUCUACUGGAGUCAAGUGUGGAAACUGCGACAAAAGAAGAGUGCAAAGUUUCUACUGUUUUCAGUGCUAUGCAUUCUGGUGUGAAGAGUGUAUCACCGCGCAUAACUUACUCAAAGCAAAUAAAUAUCACCGAGUUCUGGCGCUGAAAGAUUUUGAAGAUCAAGACAUCAAGGAUGCCUUAAAACGACCAGAAUUUUGUUCGCGACAAGGCCACGAAAAGAAGGAGCUGGAAUACUUCUGUGUGAAGUGUGAAGAAGCCGUUUGUUCGUCAUGCGUUGUAACCGCUCACGAUGGACAUGCCAAGGUACCGCUAGAAGAAGCGGCAAAUGAAAAGAAAUUGCAAGCCGUGGCAACGAUUGAAUCCAACAAAGCAAAAGCGCAAAGAAUUAGAAACGAAAUAUCUAAACUAGACGAAACCUGUCAGAACAUCGAGGCGAAAGUUGCCAAAAUAAAAAGAAGCGCACAACAGUUUGCAGAAAGCAUGAUCGCUGUUAUCGAAGCCAAGAAACAGGAGAUCUUCAAUGAAUCGGAUCAUGAGGCGCAACAAUCCCUGGAACGUUUGCGAAUACAAAGGAUCGAGAUGGAACAGAAAGUCAAAAUAAUCGAAACAGCAGUCAGAAAAUCAGAAACGCUCUUAAAACGAAGCACAGACGCAGAGCUUGCAAAGAUAGAUAAGACAAUGAACACAGUCAUGCGGAAAGAAGUCGUUGAUGAGCGAGAAGAAAUAGACUGUGACUUUGAAACUUUGCGUCGAUUUAUCUUCGAGGAAAACGAAGCCUUAAAGGCAAAAACAAUACAUGAAGGGAUCGGCCGUGUAUUUACCUUUGAGACCAAAACGGUUCAGUCAACUGCUGAAGGAAAAGGACUCACCAAAGUGAUUGUUGGAAUUGAAGCGAACUUUGUUUUAACAACAAAAAAUGCCAAAGGACAACAAUGUUACGAAAAGCGCGACCGAGUAACUGUACAACUAAAAACUCAGCAAGGCCAUGACUGUGCGACAGAAGUGCGAGUGAAAGAUAACUACGACGGCAGCUACAAAGUCAGCUAUUUUGCCAAAGAAACCGGAAGAUGCCUAACAGAAGUCAAAGUGAACGAAGAAGAAGUUCGAGGCAGUCCUUUCUCGGUCCAAGUUUCACCCAGACAGUUCAGACCCGUGUUAUGUUUUGGACAACAAGGCUCAUCUCCUGGAACGUUUAGCGGUCCCAGGGGAGUGGCGGUGAAUGAACAGGAUGAAAUUGCAGUGACUGAGGUGAAUAACAACAGGGUUCAGGUAUUCAGUAGCGAUGGAACUUACUUAAGAUCUAUUGGUAGCAAAGGUAAUAUGCAGGGAAAGUUUAACUGUCCUGCUGGGAUAGCUUUUGAUAAAAACAAUAACAUUAUAGUGGCGGACAAUGGUAACCACCGUGUUCAAUUGUUCAGUGAGAAGGGUGAGUACCUGAGCCAGUUUGCUGGUAUAGGAAAUCUUGAUCAUCAGCCGCUCGAUCCUCAAGGCUUAUCUGUAGAGAGCGACGGAAAUAUAAUCAUCGCUGAUUCAGGUGACAAAUUAAUCAAGAUCUUUCUCCUGAAGGCUGUUAUUUAGGUAAAUUUGGGGGUGAGGGUUCUUUAACCUCUCCCUUUCACUGUAUACAGUAUGAAACAUAUCUCAUAGUGUCAG